UUGGAUGUAGUUCAAAAUUAUUGUAUUAUUUCCCACUGCAUUUGAAAUGGGACUUGUGCUGCCUAAGUUAGCUAUCUGAAAGUAAGGAAUCUAGUUCUAAGGUAGUCUCAAAUUGCAUCUCAUUUCAGGGUAACUGCAGCUGAUAGAGAAUGUAGCAAUGCUACACUCCCUGUGCCCACAACUAUGUGCUGCCAUCACAUUUCUCAUAUUAGAUUUGGAAUUGGAUCCAAUUCAUUUGUGGCUGCACAAUCAGCUGAUCCAGCCGAAAACUACCUCACUGCAGAAAGUUCCCUGUUGGAUAAUGUCACUCAUCUGACUCACCUUGCAAUUACACCCCAGGCAAGGGAAGAGGUGGGAAGGCAUGUCUGGGGACUCCACCAGACUAGGUCAAGAAAAACAGGCAUGUCCAGGGGAUUAUUCAUCUGUUCUAUUUCAGACCUCCUGCCAAAGAUGGCCUCUGCAACAGUCCGGCUCUACUGGUUUCACAGAGGAGCUUAUCUGCCCAGCAGUACUCUGACUUAGCACUUGUCUCUAGACAGCCUUAUAGCAAGUUUUAGGUAGGGUGUUUUUUAAAAAAAUGUGCUACUUGUGUCCAAAAUAAGCAGUCUCAGAUGAGUGGUAUGGACAUGUCUUCUUUCUUUGCACACUUCGUUUUUUAUAUAGUACUGUUGUUCAGGUACUGCUAUGUGAUAAAUCCUUGUACUCAGUUAAUUGCCAGUGCAAGUUGCAUCCUGGAUUUUAAAGAUGUGACAUACUUCUGAAUUUGCUAAAGUAACUGUUUAAUUUUGUUGUUUAUAUAAUUUAUUACUUAUGUUUAAAUUAUGACAAGGGUUUCUCCAUACCAAGGUUAGUUCCAGAUUCUGAUGAUACACAAUAAAUAAUUUCCUUAUAGUCUUCUGUAGGAAAGGGUACUUAGGAACAGCAAUUUAUAAAUUACAAUCUGCUAGAGAAGUUCUUGUAUUUUUUACAAUCACUCAGAUGACGUACAUCUGCAUUAGACAAGCAUAUUUUUCAGAGGAAGACAAAAACAUUAUGGCCAUGAAGGAGAAGUCCACUGCAGCUCCAGUUUACUGGAGAGGUACUAUACUUGACAACCCCAUUUAUUUUAGCACAUAUUAGUGUGCUAGCUGCUGCACUGUGAAGAUAAGGUGUAUAACUCCAGGAAAAAGUCAGGCCAAUACACUUUUCAUAAGGAGACAGAUAGGAAGACCAACUGUUGUCUCAAGGAUCAGUCACACUGACCUGUAUUUUGACUGCAUUUUCAUUAUAGUCCACAGUGUACAUUGCUUUCAGAACUGAAAGCUGGGUAGAAAAGAAAAUAUAAGGAAAAGAGGAAGGUUUGGAAUAGAGAAAGGGCCAGCAGUCCAUUUAAUCUCAACUUUGUCUUUGUCAGGGCAAGUACAAGAUGUUUUGGAUGGCAUACAAGAUGCUGUACUGCAUAACACAAUGAUAUGACUAAGACAAAUUUUUUCCAGUCACAAAUCACAUAUAAAUGUUCUAAGUCCUGGACUACAGUGAUUUACUUCCUAUCUAUUAUUUAAGUCCUAAAAUUUUGCAAGUGUCCAAGUUGCAUGGCUUACUUAUGGCAUUCCUAUCUUUUUCUUUAUAUAAAGAGAAUAUAAGAAGCAUAUCAAUACAGUAAGUCUGUGUCCUCUAUUUUACAAGAAGUCAGGCUAAAAUUAUUGAAUUGUCAUUUUUGGCCUUAAUAUUUAUGAAGUAUUCAAGUAGGAUUAUAUGAGGCAUAUAACUGGAGUUCCCUCAAAUCUAUGUGACUUUAGAACUAGGCAGGUGUUCAAAUAAUGAACUUUAUAAAACAAUUCAGUUUGCUCUGACCACACUAAAAAUUGCAACAUGCCACUUUCUAGUAAAUAUUUGCACAUAUAGAUGCCAGAAACAAGGGUUUGUAUCUUCCUCAAUCAUUCUGUGUCCAAAGCAGUACUUGCCAACCUGCUCACAUGAAGUAUUAUUUCAUCUGUUGGCACUGCAGUUUUGUUAAAUACUUUUGGAUAACAAGUCACCAAAGCCAAACACAAAGAUGUGUUUAUACAAUUUGCUUUAGUAAAGCUUAUAGUGAUGUAUUGUGAUAUACCUGUAAGAAGCAGAUAAUCUGGGAGCUUCUGGGACCUCUGGGUGCCUGGACGUCCCUGGGGAUGCUGGCAGGAGCAUCACUCUGUGCCAGUGUCCUGACACUGCUAUGGGGAACCACUUGUCCUAGGGGGUUUUUUUGGCACCAACACCUGUUCUUCAGUGUGGCCAAACUGACUGCACCCAAUAUGGUCACUCUUUCUUGCUGAUAACUCAGACUGGCUUUCAACCAAUGAUGAGGUUAAAAUUAAUCUUUUCAUUCUCCACCACUCUUCUAAGAAAGGAAAUAGAAAUACUUCCACUGACUGUCAUGGGAGUUACAUUGGAACAUUACUCCCUUGAUAAAGAGCCCUUUUUAACUCAAGUCCGUGAAGCAAAACUAAAUAACAAGUAAAGAUUGUGUGUGCUCUGAAACUAAUAAUGGAAGCCGUCGACUCUAUAGAAACCGUAGUGUCACACAAGCAAGUUAUGAUUGAAAUACACUGAGAAUCAGAAGGUAUUUUAAUUUUAUUAAAGUGUGUUUUGGGAAACCCUGUGGAAAAAAAAAGAAAAAAAGAGCCUGAUAUCUGUUGGCAAGGUAGCAAAGCUUCUUUAAGAAAAAUAUUACAUUUAUUGCAUAAUAUAAGUAAGAGAAUUUAAUAAUAUCUUAGGCUAUCAUUUAAUUUUCAACAUGCACUUUAUUUUACUUAUGUGAACAGUACCAUUGAAGUUAAUGAUACUAAUUUUAAGUAUUGAGCAUUCUAUAUGUAUAACUAUAUAAUUAGAACGUUAGAAUGGAGUUAACUUCAAGAUACAGACAGUCUGCGUAGUGUGCAAAGUGCUGACUGCACAGAUUACAGUCUGUGAGACUGGUCUAUACAUAAAUCUAUCCAAGCCUAGCAAUGCAACAAAAUGUCAGGAGAGUUAAGCAGUUGUUCAGUACAAAAUAUCCCAUAAAGAAAAUAAUUAUUAUACAGAGUCCCAUUAGUCUAUUAUAGCACAAAGUACACUGAGUCUGGAUAAAACAAACUCAGAUGAGCAGGACAGUCACCUCCUUUUAACAUGUGUGUCCUUCAACAUUGCAGUUUGGGUUAUAGUUUUGCUUAUGAAGAGGAUUAAAUAGAAAAAUACACAAGGACAUCUCAAACCGGUGCUUUUCAGAACAUAAAAUAAAUAUACCAGUGCUUUUCAGGUGUAUAGAAUCGAUAGUUUUCAUACAAAGACUUCUAAGUGUUCACACCAGAAUAUUUGUAUAUUCAUAAUAGAAAUAUAAACUUCCCCUUCAGCUUUUGCUCCUGAUGCCUGUUUUCCUUCACUGGCUACUGAACUUUACAGUCAGAGGCCGAAUAUGAAUCUUUUAUCUUGCAGUAGCAGUGCAAAACUCCAGCUGCUUCAGAUGUGCCAAAUACAAAGACAUCUUCUGGGUCUUCACACAAGACUUAUACAAUUCAUUCUGCACCAUGUCUUUUGAAAGCAUCUUCUCUCCUGUUCCUAGAGUAGUAAAUAAAAUACUAGAUACACCUGGAUGAAUUCACAAAAAGUGUGUAAACACUGUGUUGUUCAGUUUACACAUAGCUACAUUCUGUUCACUUGUGUUUAUCCUUGAAUACUUCACUGAUUACUACAUACCAUAAACCUAAAAUAGUGAGCAAGUACUAUAUAUAAGUCUGUUGUCUCAACGCUUUGUUCUUGCAAAGUGUGUUGGGAACAUGAAGUGAGGACAGGGCAGAAGGACAAACAGAAUCUCAUCUGUUAUUUUGUUUAACAAAUUCUCUUUCCUUAGGAUUUUAAGUUAUCAUCUGGCAUUUAACUAUUCUGAAGUAUAAAGUUAAUCUCAUGAUUUUGCAGGACUCAUACUAAGUAAUUCUUGCAGCAUUUCAUAGUAGAUGACCUUCCCCUAUGAUAGUGGAUAAGUCAUUAUAUUAUUUUCAGAGCACUACAAUUUUUCAUUUCAUAGCAAUUUUCCCAUAUUGGAUAAGUAUUUUUUUUUUCCUAAAUCAUUAUAGAACAUUGCAUGAAAAAAUCAUUCUCAUAAAAGCCUCACCUUGUGUUUCUGGAAAUAGAUGUGAAAUAAAACCCAUUCAGCUUUAUAAGGUAUUGAACACCUACUUGGCAAUAGGAACCUAGAAGACAAAUAUAUAUUGAUAACAUCAAUCAUGAAAAAGGCCAGAAAAAACAUUCAUUUUUGUAAUAACAGUAGAGCAGUGUUGAUGGUUUGGAACUCGAGUGAAUAAAGAAGAACCACCUGUGAAGGUUGAGAAUUAAUAUGAAACAUAAAGAUCCACUGACUGACAGUACAAAAGAUGUUGAUCUGACUAUCUCAAGAUGUAUUAGGAAGUUUGAUUUUAGACUGUACUUGUAUAACAGCAAAGUUGAACUGAAUUUGUCUCUCAGUCAUAAUUGAUUUUAGAAGCUAAUUUAGAUAAUGACAAUAAUGCAUAGGUUUAUUCAGUUCCAUUAAUUAAAUUUCUGUAUGGAGACAAAAUCCGUCUGAUGAAUAAUUUUGAGAUUUUGGGAGAAAAGGUGCCCACCAAAGCUGAAAUAUUAGAUGAAAUAUUUUUGCCACAAUAAAAGUACAGUGUUUCUAAUUAAGCAUAGAUACUGUACUUAAUGCUUUGAAAAUAGCUGACAUUUUAUCAAAUUUAAAUAAAGGAUCUUGUAGUGAUUCAGAAAACACAGACUAGUAAACUACAAAUAGAUAUAUGGUAAAUUGACAGAAAUUAUUUUAAAAAGAACUAUGGAAAAGUUCAGGAAAAUAGUUUCAAAAGGAAUUAGUUUCAAAUAAUUUAUUGCAAUUCCUGGAACACGUAAUUACAAAAACAGAUCCAAAAAAUUAUUAACACAACAAACAUACUUUGAAAACACUGCUGAAAAACUGUCACACAGGAACUAGCAUGGAUAUGAAGUAAUUAGAUUAAGGAGCAAAAUGUCUCCAUGGAUCAAAGCACGGAAAACACAAACAAAGAGCAAGUUUUCUCUAUUGCGCAAAGAAAUCAGUGGGGUGUUUGUGAAAGUUCUGUAAGAAGUAUUGUGCUUAAUACAUUCAUAAAUGACCAGGAAAUGCAGACAAGCAUGAGAUGGCAAAACUUGCAAAUGACACAAAAUGUUUUGUUUACUCAAAUCCAGAAAGGAUUUUGAGGAUCUUCAGAUAUUUCUCAUGAGCUGGGCGAAUGGGUAGUGUGAUCACAAGAGAAAUUGUAUGCUCACAGAUAAAAACAUACAAUAUUAGAGCAAAAGUAGUGAGCUGCUUGUCUUCACUAAUAAGCUCUUAAUUGGCUAAAUCAACUCAAGCCAAACCUAGUCAUCAUUACAAAUAACUUCUGCAUCCAAAAUCAAUAAGAUUAAGCAAAUAAAUAGUAGGAAAGAAAAUAAAAAAUAAUUCUAAUUAGACUAUAUCAAACAUUGCUUAUCACAUUUCGAAAGAUUCUGUGCAAAAGCAUGGAAAACAUCCAAGGAGCCAUUUAAAAAUGCAAAAUGUUUACUUCAGAAAGCAAACAGGAUUUGUUCCCUCAAAUCUGCUGUGGAAAAAUCUCAAGAGACACAUGGCAAAUGAUAGCCAAAAAGUAUUAAAAACCACAACUAAUAUUAAUAAUUGAGAUCAGGUCAUGCCUUCCUCUGUGUAUCAUAAUUUAAAUUCAGAAAGCCUUUAUCAGUUAAUGAAGUCAUAAGUUGGCAACUUUAAAUGAGAAAAAACCCCACAAUUUUUCACAUAGUGUGUGGCUGAUUUGUCAAAGCCAAAGAGGUAGGAAGUUUUUAAGAGAUAAAUGAAAUUUUUGGGGAAAAAAGGUAUAAUAUGGCAGGAAUAUCCAUAACUAAAAUAGUAAAAAUAGAAAGUAUCUUAGAAAGAAACAGAGUUUAAACCCAAACUUAUAACUGUUACAUUAAGAUGAAAUUUAGGCUCAGAUUAUCCCAUAUUUGCCCACUAUGUAGUUUCUUGCACUUUCUUCCAAAGCAUAAGGUUGGCAAAAACAUCUGAAUUAGGUCAUUCAGUUCUGUGUGUAACUAAUUCUGUCUAUAUUUUUCAACUAUAGGAUUCCCAAAUUGCUUUAUAUUUAUGACUACUAGACCAUGGAAAGAGCCUGUGCAUGCAUAAUACCAAUCCUGCUAGCAUAUACAUGGUGCCAUUUUGCCAAGUACUCAUUUUCCAUGUACUCUUUAUACAUUUGCUGUUGCCAAUGAGUGUGCAUUUUGAGAUUGAGAGCUGAACAUCUAGUGUGUACUUUGGUGAGGAAAGGAAGAGAGACACAGUUACUGUAUGGCACAUGUACUAAUCUUUUGUCUGAAGGCCCAUGAACAGAGACCACGUAGGUGUUUUAAACACUGAGAUGACCUACCCCAACCUAAAGGAGGUAGACUUGGACUCUUGCAGUCUUUCAGGGAUGACAAAGUAGCACUUCAAAGAUACAUCCUGACCCACUUCUGGAACUCUUGUGUCUGUAUAUGGCUAUGCUUGAGGUGCUUGGGUUGGGUGGCCAUUGUCACCAUGCUUAGCUGUGGAAAUGGGAAGCCAGAGCUUACGUGUAUGCCGGCCAAAGCAGCAAACAGCAUCCCUGGGCUGGCAGAGACCAAGCCAGGUGUCAGGAUGGCAGGUGCAGCCUGCACCUUGGAAAGGCCAAUACAGCUCCCACUGAGGCUGUUCCCCUUCCAGAGUGAGACCCAGCAGCACUCCCUGCGCUGCUUUUGCUUCCAGUGUGUGUAUGUGGGGAGCAGACUUACAAGACAACACGUAUAUUCAAAUGCCAGUUGGCUGCUCCUCAGGCCCUUGGUGGAAGUUUUCCCCCUUGCCUGGUGUGGGCCUUAGUCUUCGUUGUGUAUUGAGGGUGGUGUUUACUGAGACCUACCAGACUGGAAGGUGUCCUCUCCCCUGGUCUCACGCUGGCUGUUGGGCCUCUGAGGUGGGACCAUCUGUGCAUAUUCCCACCAGCUGGUCUCUAACCAGACUCCCUGAUGUUCAGCCUCAGGCACACUCCAGAUCUGUGGUAUUUUCUGUCACUUUUGUGGGGGUGGGCUACACCCGCUGCUUUUGCCUGCCGGUCACCAGCACGGCUGGAGACGCGGUACUACCCCACGGAGUCCCGCCUCACGGGACAGCGGGGGGACGCCCGGAGCCCGCGGGUGAGAGCUGGGGCGUCUCGGGGACCCCCCGUGGCCGCCACCGCCGAGCUCGCCCGCCCCGCCCGGGGGCCGCGGCCCUUCCCACCCGGAGGCCGCGCCUCGCCGCUCCCGGGGGGCCUGGCGUGCCCCGGGGAGCCCCGGCGAGGAGAAGGGAGGAGCGCUGGGCGCCAUGUGAGCAGCUGGCGGCGGGCAGCGGCCCUCGAGGAAGACAGAUGGGGUGAGAGACAGCGCGAGGUCCGGCUGUCAGCGCGGCCGCAGCCCCGCCGCGGAGGGAGCCCCUCCUCCCCGCGCUGUGCGCCUCUCGCUCCCGGGCCGGGGGAACCAUGGCGUCCAGCGAGGAGGACGGAGGCGGCAACGGCGCGGUGGAGGAGAAGGAGAAUGGCAAGAAGAGGAGACUGGGCGCCCUGGCCACGGCCUGGCUCAUCUUCUACAACGUCGCCAUGACCGCGGGGUGGCUGGUAUUAGGUAUUGCCAUGGUGCGGUAUUAUAUACAGAAAGGAACACAUAGAGGCUUAUUCAGAAGCGUUCAAAAGACGCUUAAAUUUUUCCAGACAUUUGCUUUGCUUGAGGUAGUCCACUGUGCAGUUGUUCACACAUCUGUGCUUGUGACUGGGGUCCAAGUGAGUUCAAGAAUCUUCAUGGUGUGGUUCAUUGCACAUAGUAUAAAACAGAUCCAGAAUGAGGAGAGCGUUAUUCUUUUUCUGGUCGUAUGGACUGUGACAGAGAUUACUCGCUAUUCCUUCUACACAUUCAACCUGCUGAACCAUUUGCCAUACUUCAUUAAAUGGGCCAGAUACAACUUUUUUAUCAUUUUGUAUCCUGCUGGAGUUGCAGGUGAACUGCUAACCAUAUAUGCUGCUUUACCCUAUGUGAAGAAAACAGGAAUGUUUUCACUGAGACUUCCCAACAAAUACAAUGUCUCCUUUGACUACUAUUACUUCCUUAUUAUUGUCAUGUGCUCCUAUGUGCCAUUAUUUCCACAACUCUACUUCCACAUGCUGCGGCAGAGAAGAAGGGUGCUUUAUGGAGAAGUGAUUGUGGAAAAGGACGAUUGAAUCAAGCUGUGUAACUAUGGUGCUUUUAAUGGAAAAAAAAGGGUAAAAAACCCAAAACUUCCUGUGAUUUUUCUGAGUCCAAGUUUUAAAACAUGGAACAAGAAUAAACAACUGUGCAUAAAAUAGCAUGGACUGUAUUAUUUUUACAGUUAAUGUAUCUUCAGACUGACUUUUCAUCCUUGGUUUCACCUUGAUUUUUAAUUGUUCAUUUCUUCAGACAAAUUAUUUUCGUAUUUUCAAUAGGUUGACAAAUAGCUUUAAGAACCGGAAUAGUUGGCUGCUGCGCUUUCUAUUCUGAAAGGUCUCUAAUGACCUGUAGUCAUCAUCAAGAACAGGAGAGUUGAUAAGUUGUACUGAAAGUGAGUAUUCUGGAAAACAGAGCAUAAAUUGGGUAAUGAUGUUUUUCAUAGACUAGGUGGAUUAAAUGUUAUUUAAGCUUUAUAUUAAAUAAUACCUUUCCAGUUAAAAGUACUGUUAGCUUGUUGUUCAACACUCUUUGAAUUACAGGAUCACAUUGUAGAAUUCCAGAAGGACUUUUGAAAGGAGCUGAAUUCUUGAUUGUCAGUGCAAAUUUAGAUCUCUCUGUAUUUUGAUUUGUAAUUUUGAAGAACUGUAGAAUAAUAGAUAUAAUAUUAACUGGUUAAAAGUUUGUGCUGAGGAGUAGACUUGAUGUGCCUACCUUUCUCUGGUCAGAGGCUGGAAUGGGACUUGUUUGCAGAGGAAGACUGAUUGUCAGCAUGUUUCCUAGUCUACAUUUAAUUAUGUAUGCAGAAAAAAUAUGAUAUUGCAUUUAGAAACUGUAGCUAUAGUGAGAUAUUUAACUUGUUAUAAAUAGCUGAGUGGGAUAUAAUACAUUUGAAAUAGUGUCUUAAAAUAUAAAUUGUGCUUUGAAUCAUCCCAUUGUGCAAUCUUAAUUGCUCCCUCCCAAUCUUAAUUGUUCCCUCCCCAUUAAUUGUUUAUACCGUGUUGACCUAAUUCUAUUUAAUGUUUUCAAUAAUCUGCAAGAGGGAUCUCCGGUAUAUUAAUAAAAGUUACAGAUGAUAUUACACUGUAUGAUACCUGAGUGGGAGAAGUCAAAGAGAUGGAUUAAAGACAAAAAUUAGAUGCAGCCUAAGAGAUUCAGAGAAAAGGUACUGCAUUUGAGGAAUCUUGGAUACUUAGAGUGACAGAGAGUGAAGAUUGAAAUGUAAUAAUGUAGUAGGAAGCCUUGAUAACGUAGGUGACAAAGUUGCUUCUGGCAUUACUAAUGUCAAAGGAAGAGUGUAUAUGCAGAAGAGCUACAUCAGGCAGCUGGAAAUCAGAAUAUUCUUUGUGAUUGCUGAGGUAAUUUCUGCAGUACCGUCUUAUAUUUUGGGUAUCUCGGGGUGAGGAACUGAGCCAAUCUUCUGAAAAGCCAAGAGAACAGUAACAAAAUCAGUUGAACUGAGAAAGAAGUCAGAAAGACUGAGUCAUUAAGUAUGUAUAAUUUUUUGUUAUGUGGCAGAUACAUGGAAAUGAAGAGGCUUUCUAAGUAUGAAGGUGUAACUAGAACUGUUUACAUAAAAUUGAAACAAGGUAAAUAUUCAAUGAAUAUCAGGAGAAAGAUUCUACCAGUGAGAUCAGUUAGGUUAUGGAGUGACACAGUAGUGCCUAUCAAUGCAUGCAAUUUCUUGGAAGGUUUUAAGUUAGAUGUAAUGCAAUAUUGGAAAAUAAUCUUCCUUUGGCAGGAGUUUGAACUAUGUACUUGAAUAAGCAUUUCCAUUUUUAGCUUCAAUGAUACGCUAUGAUAAUACAGCUUUUCUGAAAAUUGUAGAUACACCCUUUUCUGGUGUUACCAAGUAAUUUGAUAAAAAAGCAAGGAUUUACUACAUCUCUAACUUUCAAAUUCCAUUUUGUGCCUUAAAUCUGUGAUAUUGAUGCAUGUCUUCAUUACAUGUACAUUAGUUUCAUUUAAAUCACAGGUGCAUAGUGGACUUGAGAUAGAAUAGUUGUAUUUCUUACAAUUUUGAAAGGUGUAAUCUUUGUAUUUUUUAGAACAAAUUUCUCGUAAGGUGCUACAAUUUAACUUCUCUGUUUUAUAUGCAGCUAAAUUUAUUAAAAGUUUGAAGUAUAAACUACAUUUACAAUAUGGAAUCACAAAAUAGUUGUGUUACAUGUGUUCAAGCUAGCAGUUGUAUUCGUCCAGAGUUCUUAGAGUACCAUUUUAUAAACUUCACUUGCUUUUUGAUUCAUGAGGAACAUCAUGGCAGUUUUUAGAAAUAUUUCUUGGUUAGCAAGCUGAAGAGUGCGAUGAAAUAUGAGUAACUAGGAUUAGAUUAUGUUUUGUGUCUCUUUUUUUACUGUCAGGGCAGCUCACUGAAGACCAUAGCCAUCAAUUCAUUGAAAAUGCAUUGAAUACUUUAAAGAUGUGAUUUUUAAAUCCUUGAUCUGAUGAGUGUAUCCCACAGAUACUAUUCCUGUGAUAAAAGGAAUACCUGUGCCGUAUUACUGUAUUAUAUUUGUUUUCAUUGUGGCUUAAGGAUAUUAUCAUAUGUCAAUCAAAAAGCUAUUUUUAUAUCCUGUUGUACAUGUUACAUGAAAAAAAUAGCACUGUUUGCUAAAAUCUUGGGUUUUGACUUUCAUAAAGCAACAGUGUACAAGGUAAUGAUACAAUUUUAAAAGUGAUUUACAGCUACAGGAGAGUCUUUCUAAAUGACAAAUGAAUAAACAUAAAGCUAAAAAUUACUUACUUACAUUCAAUGUUUCAUAGACCAGAGAGAUUGCCUUGUUGAUUACAUGGCAUGUAUUUUAAAAUAAACAAGCAACAUGUUCUUUUCUUCAUCUUCUUUUUCAAUUGAAGCCUUUUACUGAAGCCUCAAUGUAUACCUUUUGGUUUAGUAUCUUCUCAAAGGUAGUGAGAAUUGUAGGUAAAAUCCUCUUACUAUUGACUGCAGAUGGGCCAGGUUUUUAUACUAGGUAGCUUACUUAACUUCAAUAUAAUAUCAAGAAACAUUUAAUUAGCUUGUUAAACGGAUAUAAAAAGUUAAGUACAAUUUUCAUAUGGUGCUCUCUUUCCAACUUCUUUUUGACACCUCUCUUUUUGUCUUCCUCUUUGCAAUAUUCUUUGUUUUCUAGAGCAUUGGAAUCCUGCUGAUAAUGAAAUAUUAGGAAUGUAUUCAAACGUCAGCAUCUUUAAUGUUUUGAUGUAGUCUUAAACAAAUUGUUUGUCUAAAGGUGUUUUCUUACUUGUCCUACAUAUGCCUUCUGGAAUGAAUCAACAUAGGGUAUGACCUUAUGAAGCUUUUUUAAUGACAAUAACUAGGAAUAGGCAUUUGGCAGGUUAUUCUUAUUCACCAGGUGACAUUUCCCACUGUUGGUAGUAACGUAAACACAGUGUCUUUUGUAUAAACUCCAGCUGAAAGCGAUUGGGUCUCUUGAGGUUCCCCAACACUCACACACUGUUCCCACUGGAGGGGCUGUUCAGGACAGACUGGGUCAAUCACCUUGUUUCGCAGCUGUGCCCAGAAGGUCUGGAGGCCAGAUCCCGGCCCCAGGCAUGUGCAGCACCAAAGAGUAUGACGCUGAGAAAUUGCGUCUUCCACGUCAGCUGCCAAGAGGGUCACCGAGGCCGUUGUGAACGGUAGUUGUGAGACAUCAUUUCUCUCACCUCUUCCCCACGGAGGAUGCGAGAAGGGAGGCAGCUCACUGUGCCCUCUGCCUUCUGCGCAGGGAGCUCCCAGCGGCUGUGCACAAAGGGUCUGGUACAGAAACAGCUCUUCUGCUCCACUCAGUUAUUUUAUUACUAUCUGUAAGCCUAUAUUUAUUGAAAAAUUGGUAAGCCAAGAUAACUAUGCCACGCUGCUUUCAAUAGUAUAGUUGAAAAUUAACAGCCUUGGAGAACUGGUGCGGUGUGAUGCUUCUCCUAAUUCCCCUUGAAUGUAACAUUUAGCCAGGUUCAUGGGCAGAUUGCAAUGACUAGGUAACAGGGAGGUGCAUGGAGACCUUUUCUGUGACCAGAGGAAACCUACCUUUUCUUAUCCAGAAAGAUAUAUGUGCAUUGAAUAUCUAGGCUGAGCUGCUGCUCUGACUGUGGUACUUGCAGUCCUCACAGUAGCUUACGUCAGUGGAUAUUUGGAUAUUUAUAUGAUUCCUAAAUAAACUAGGAUGAAAACAAAUUACAACCAUUACAAGAAAUAGUAAUUUAAGGUAGCUGUUAUAUUAACAGUUUUUGUGAAUGCAACUCUUACUUAAUCUGCCCUAAAAAAAAAAAAAAAAAAAGAAAAGAAAAUUAAUACAAAUAACUGUUGUGCACUAGGCAAGAGGGCUUCAUAAAUCUAAAUUUUCAGGCAGGCAGACUGGCUGCACUUGUUUAUAAAGGAUUGGUUAAAUGUGUUUUUGAACAAGAAGGUUGAAAGCUUUUCUGAAAAUUAAAUUUUAUUUCAUAAUGUAUAUUUUUAAAUGUGCUUAGAGAUACUGUGUUAUUUAUUACCAGUUUACAAUUUAAAUUCAUGCUGAACAUAGACUUUUUAUAGAUGAUUAACUGUAGCCCAUUAAAAUGUUUUAUUCUAUGUUUGUUAGAAUGACUGUUUAAGAAACAAACACUUCAUGUUUCUGCAAAGCUCUGUGUUCUCUCGCUCCAGUGAGCUGCAGUGUUGUUAUUGCCUGCCAGGCUUCACAAGGCUGUUGGAGUGGCAGGUUGGUAUUUGCUGAGGGAAGCUCCUGGAACUUGCUUUGGAGAGGGACUGGUGCUCUGGGCGCAGUGUCUGGUUCUGUACAGCACCGAUGCGUUCGGGGGGCUCGCUGCCUUCUGUGGGACUGAAGGCUUUGCCGGUGUCCCCAAGUUAUUCAUGGUCAUGAAUUACCAGACAGAGAAGACCUGUCUCGUGAACUCUCACGUCACAAAACUAAGUCUGACAAGUGAACUUAAUGCUGUACCAGGACAAACUGAGGAGAACCUGGAUGUUGGGUAACUCUGGCCCUCUCAUAGGAACUUGCUGUCAGUUCAGGCCCGUAACUGGUGGUGGCUUCCAGGUUCUAAAAUGUACAAUACUCUGUGUCAUGUUGUAUCAAGUGAAACAUGUUGUCUCUUUAUUCACAGCUCUCUUGCUUCUCUGUUGUGUCUUGAAUGUAUUUUAUGUCCUUUGGCUUUGUAAAAGUCUAAGUACAGAAAUAUUUACCUAAGUGUAUCAUGUAUAGAAUUGUACUUAAAGAUUCUUAAUAAUGUAAAUGCGCUGCAGCUGCUCAUUAUUGUGUUUUGUUUUUUUUUUUCUGAAAUGCACUAUCAUUAGCAGUUUACAUAGGCAGAAAACACCACAAUAUAAUACUUUUAGUAACUUAUUUGUUUGCAAAGAUUAUAAGAUUUGUUGAGCUAUAGAAUCAGAUAUUUGUUUUAGAGAUUGUUAAUGCUGUAGCACUGUAGAAAUUCAUCAUCAAUUAAAAGAUGUGUCCUAAA